AUGAAACGAGGCCGAGGUAAGUCCCAAGCGUCCAAGCGUGUCAAAGAGGCUCUACAAGAGGUCGUCGAGCAGGCGGCCCCAGAGGACUACUCUACCGUCAUUCUGUCCUGUACCACUAAAGAGGAACUCCUCCGUCUGAUAGCGCAGUUACAGCCCAACCCCAACAACGAGUCGGCCGGGCCCCCACCGAGCGUAUCUUCCAAAGACCCCAUCCUUGCGUUGGAGAAGGACGCUCCACUGACCUGUUCACAGUGCCUUCGAACAUUCAAGAGGGCUCGUGACCCUGGCCCCUGUGCGACCUGCA